AUGCAUUCAUGUUUGGCAGGGACAAUGGACAAAUUUGUGCGAAUUUACAGCGGUGGGGAGCUGGUGAAGGGUCCAAAUGGGGUGGAAUUCGGGGACCUCUCCGAGCAGGGUAUAUGGUUCAAGGCAGCACCCACAUACAGUGAGCUGAUUGACGCCGUGUACAAGAAGCUUGGGCUGGAACCGGCGACACACAAUGUCCGCGCACAGGGGAGGACGAAUGUUGGCGGCGGUGCUCAUCGGCACUUCAUCAUGGUGCCUAUCAACGACGAUAUGUCCUGGAGUAACUAUGUCAAAGCAGUUUUCAAUGGCACCGACUGGAAUUGCCUGGAGGUUUAUGUUCAGGCAGAGAAGCAUCUAUCUCCAGAGCCGGUUUCCCCAGAGCCUGCAUUGCUGGACAGUGAACCACUGGAUGCGCAGCAUCAGAAUACCCCACCGCGAGAUCCAGAACAGGGUGCUUCUCUUUUUGCUCCUUCGAUGGUGACCGUCAAUGCACCAACCGUUCAUUCUCAACAUGCUCGACUACGAAGAAUAAGGAGCACCAGGGCCCGUGCUGGCAUUCGUGGGCGGUUUGCAGGUGAAGAGGUUCAGUCUGGUCAGAACCAGUGUGGAGCUUCAGGGACAGUUGAUACAACUAGCUCUCUUUUAAUUGGGCUGUAUGACGAGGUUCAUCGUGGCCGUGCUUUAGCAUCAGGCCAGCAUCUAAGUGAGCUCAAUCCUCGUAACCGUGAGCCUCUUCGGUUUGACAAGCGGUACGAACGUUACCUUAGGCCAGCUGGGUUGAUGGGGUUGGCGAAUAUUUGCAGGGCUGGACUGCCCUCCAUUGAUCGUGCACUCGUCUCUGCACUAGUUGAUCGGUGGAGACCUGAGACACACACUUUUCACAUGCCUUGUGGUGAGAUUACAAUCACACUACAGGAUGUUGCGAUGAUUCUUGGGCUACCUAUCUCUGGCCAUGCUGUCAUUGUAAACAAAACAGAGUCCUACAUUGAAUUGUACCAGCGUUACCUUGGGAAGGCACCUCCUUCAGAUAAGUCCCGUCCUGGGUUGAGGGUUGCAUGGGUCAGAGCUGAGUUUAAUAAGUGCCCUGAAGAUGCCGACGAGGAGACCAUAAAGCAUCAUGCAAGGGCAUACAUCCUUAGCCUGGUUGGUGGUCUAUUGUUUCCUGAUGCCUCUGGUGAUAGGUACACUGUCUAUCCCUUUCCGCUGAUAGCUGAUCUUGAGAACAUUGGUUCAUACAGUUGGGGUUCUGCCACUCUGGCAUAUCUCUACAGGGCAAUGUGUGAUGCUUGCAGGAGGCAAUCAGAUCAAAGUAAUCUGACUGGUUGCCUUCUGCUCCUUCAGUUCUGGUCAUGGGAGCGCUUCCCAAUCGGCAGGCCAGAUAUGCUAAAGCCGAAAUUCCCAAACGUCGAUGAGCUAGAGGAUGACAGGGAUAGACCCACGGUUGGUCUCAGAUGGGUUGUGGGGGCGUGCACGUAUCGGUCAGCUCCAGCACGUUGCUAUGAGCACUUUACAAAUGAGUUCGACCUAUUAACAGAUGACCAGGUUGUUUGGAGCCCAUAUAGGGAGGACCGCGUGAAGACACUACAUCUUGCACCUAUAUGUACCCAGGAUUCUCAUUUGUGGCUAACUCAAGCACCUCUAGUUUUUUUCUUCAUGGUGGAGGUUUACACACCGGAGAGAGUGAUGCGUCAAUUUGGUCUCCAUCAGGAAUGCCCGCCACCAUUUCGGGACACCAGCGUGGAACUCCAUUGGUGUUGUCGUGGAAAGGUCCGUAGUGAUUGGGCAGAUAAGCAUAAGUCUUUUGUGGAUAUGUGGGAAGUAAAGGAGCAGCAUGUUAUCAUGGAAGAACGACCAUACGAUCAUGCCAACUACAUGGAUUAUUUGCGGUGGUACAGACGGUCGACACGUAUCCGCCUCUGCACACCGAGAAUAAGUAAUGGCCACCAGGAUGGGGCAUCCGUGCGAACUGCAACAGCUGAUGAUGAAGAUUCUUUGCGUGCUUCAAAGCUUCGGUACACCCCCAGAGCUCAUCUGAUCCACUCAGUGACUGACAAACUCACUAUUCUGGCGAAGGAGGCAGCUUCACAAAAGGGGUGCUCCAGAGGCGAAUGUAGCGCUUUCAUUGAGCGAGUCACUAGAACGUGUGUAGAACUUGUUGGGGAACUUGGCGGGUCAUCACUUUGCGACAUUGCUGCUGCGGUUCCAGAUUCAACAACUAUUCCAGCUGAACAGGGGUCUGAGGGCCAGAGGGACACAGAGGAUGAGUUAAAUAACUCCAUGGUGCCUGAUCAGGAGAAUGAGUCGGGCCCUGUUCGUGAGAAGCGGACUCGAUUCCAGGUUGAUCAUACACAAGUGGACAGCAGGGUCCAUUCAAGGUCACCAAGCAAGAGGAGGAGGGGCGGACCAGCUCCAAGAUGA